AUGGGUAUUAAAACUUUAUUACGGGAGGUCACACGAAAAGCAAACCUUGAAGAGUUUCAAGGACAAACUGCUGCAGUUGAUGCUUCGUGUUUGUUGCAUAGAGCGCUAUCAAUAAGCAUGAGUCGAAAUGGCGACGAAAGCAGGUAUAUAUUUCAGUAUACAAUGAGUUAUUUGUUUAUUGUUUAUAUUGAUCUGUUCAGAAAAUUAUAACAUUAUUUUGAAAAGAAAAAACGUUCAAUUUUAGAUUACUUGAUCUUCUUAAUUCAUACGUCGAUCUUCUUGAAAGAAACGGAAUCAAACCAUAUGUAGUAUUUGAUGGAUUAAGAUUGCCAGCGAAAGAACUUGAACGUGUAAAAAGGACAAGGUGAGUAUCGUCUUUGUCGACGCAACUUUUAUGUAAAUUACCUCGCAUAUCGAUUUCAAUCGAUACGAAGAGACGUACGAACGAACCUGGAGACGUACGAACGGUAUUGUUUUAAUAAAAGAGAUCAAGAGUCACACGAAACGGUUGAUGCUUACUUCGCAGCCCUUCGUACUUUAGCCAAGACGUGCAACUUUGGUAAUUUGGAAGACAACUUGAUAAGAGAUCGUAUUGUCAUGGGUAUUAAGGACAACGCCACACGAAAGAAAUUAUUGCAAGUCUCAAAGCUUACUCUGCAACAAAGUAUAGAUAUAGUUCGGUCUUGUGAAAAGACGGCGAAGCAACUCGAGUCGAUGAAAGUUGAAGGUGAGCAAGUGUCGGCUGUUGGAAAAGAACAGUACAAAGAGCAAAGGAAGCGAGUCGAGAAAAGAGAUGAAGAAGUGUUAAUCAAGUGUAAAUUUUGCAACAAAUCUCAUCCCAGAGAUAAGUUCAAAUGCCCAGCCUGGGGCAAAACAUGCUCAUUGUGUAAAAGAAAGAAUCAUUUCGCAGUCGUCUGUAAUGCUCAACGAAGACCAUUUAGCCAACGAAAGUCAGUAUCGGGCGUCAACGAUGAUACAGACUCAUCGGAGGGAGAAUAUAUAGCUCUGGUGGAGACCAAAGAAGAGGUAGGUGCAGUUAACUCUGAUCAAUACACCUACAAACCAAGUGCCCCCUUGAUGAUUAACAAAAACCUAGAAAGUUUUCAACUUGACAGUGGAGCCACAGUAAAUGUAUUAUCUAAAAGGACACUGGCAGGUUGUUUUCGAAAGCCUAUUGAGAAGAAGCUGGUGAAAACAAACACAACCCUUGUAAUGUACAAUGGGUCCGAAGUGAAGCCUAUUGGAAAGACAAGGAUUCAAGUUAUUAAUCCUAAGAAUAACAAGAAAUACAGUGUAGAGUUUAUGGUAGUGGAAGAGAAUUGCAAGUCCAUACUCGGGGCUAAAGCUAGUCAACUCAUGAACUUACUUGCAGUUAACAAAGAGAACAUUUUUACUACCGAGUCAAAUGUCAAAGAUGUACCCAAGUUUAUCACCAAACAGCAUCUCAUUGAGGAGUAUCCAGCAGUGUUCCAGGGUCAAGGAACUUUACCGGGCACAUUGCAUCUGGAGAUUGAUGAAUCCAUCUCCCCAGUCCAGCUCCCAACACGAAGGAUUCCACUGGCUGUGAAAGAUAAACUCAAAGCAGAGCUCAACCGACUAGUCGAUGUGAACGUCAUAGCUCCUGUAGAUACACCGACGACCUGGAUAUCGGCUAUUGUGGUUACAGUCAAGAAGAAUGGUGACAUCCGAUUGUGUAUUGACCCAAAGCCAUUAAAUAAGGCUCUCAAGCGUAACCAUUACCCUUCACCCACCAUUGACGAUAUCCUACCGGAUUUGGCCCAGGCUCGCUGUUUCUCAGUCCUUGAUGCCAAGAACGGGUUUUGGCAUGUCCGUCUUGAUGAGCCCAGUUCCUAUGCAACAACUUUUGGCACUCCGUGGGGUGGUACCGGUGGCUGCGCAUGCCCUUUGGCAUAUCACCCGCACCCGAAGAGUUUCAACGUCGUGUGAAUGACAUCUUGCUGGGUCUCCCUGGAAUAAAAGUCAUUGCAGGUGACAUUCUUGUUUAUGGAAGUGGUGCAACCGAUGAAGAAGCUUAUCUAGACCACGACAAGAACCUCAGGGGUUUGAUGGAACGAUGCAGAGAGAAGGGUCUCAAGCUGAACCCUGACAAGAUCCAACUUCAACUCAAAGCGGUAAGCUACAUGGGCCAUCGUAUUACAUCGAAUGGACUAAAGAUUGACCCCGAGAAAACGAAGGCUAUCCGAGACAUGCCAGUCCCCACAGAUAAGCUGGGAGUGCAGCGGUUGCUUGGUAUGGUGAACUAUGUUCAGAAGUUUGCCCCUAAGCUAGCUGAAAUUACUACACCUUUACGUGAUCUGAUCAAGAAAGGAAAUGAAUUCAUAUGGGAGGAACAUGUACACGGGAAAGCGUUGGAUGAAAUCCGGCAGAUCCUCUCAGAACCACCAGUACUACGGUUCUUUGAUCCCAAUGUAAUGCCAGUCCUGCAGUGUGAUGCGUCCAUGAAUGGUCUUGGAGCAUGCCUUUUACAAAACAAUCAACCAGUGGCAUAUGCAUCAAGGUCUCUAACACCAACUGAAGUGCAGUACGCUCAGAUCGAGAAAGAGAUGCUGGCCAUCGUGUUUGGGAUGGAAAGAUUCGAAAGUUAUCUGUAUGGUCGACACGUAAAGUGGAAUCAGAUCACAAACCACUAG